AUAAAAUCUUCCUUGUGUUGUACAUAUGUUAGUCUUCUCACCUAAUCUCUCUAUAAUACUUACUAUAAAGACUCCUUCGCUGUCCCAAUAUUCCUCACACAUUUGCUUCUUCACUGCUCUUCCAUAUCUACACCAAACAGAGAGAGAGAGAGAGAGAAAGAUCAAAGAGUGCAUAGAGAGUAAUGGGUAACUCCCAUCGUUCUUCAUUUCCUUCCAUGGCGGCAGCUCUGGCCUUUACUUUCUGCAUUUUGUCACUGUUGCCAAACUUUGCAGUGGCCGUAACUAGGCAUUACACCUUCAACAUUGUAAACCAAACCAUUACGAGAUUAUGCCAUACAAGGAGUGUUUUGACUGUAAAUGGCAAGUUCCCUGGGCCUCGCUUGGUAGCAAGGGAAGGUGAUCGUGUUAUCAUCAAGGUUGUUAAUCAUGUUUCAAGCAAUGUUACCAUCCACUGGCAUGGGAUAAGGCAGCUUACGACCGGUUGGGCAGAUGGACCUGCCUAUAUAACACAAUGUCCUAUACAAACUGGACAGUCAUACACUUACAACUUCACCAUUACAGGGCAGCGAGGAACUCUCUUAUGGCAUGCUCACAUUUCUUGGCUAAGAUCUUCUCUUUAUGGACCCAUUAUUAUUUUCCCCAGGCGCAAUGAAUCUUAUCCGUUUCAGAAACCUUACAAGGAAAUCCCCAUCCUCUUAGGAGAGUGGUUUAACGUAGAUCCAGAGGCUGUAAUUGCACAGGCUCUUCAGAUAGGAGCUGGUCCAAAUGUUUCAGAUGCAUACACUAUCAACGGCCUCCCAGGGCCCUUAUACAAUUGUUCUUCUAAGGAUACAUUCAAGCUGAAAGUAAAGCCAGGGAAAACCUACCUUCUCCGAAUAAUCAACGCUGCACUCAACGACGAGCUAUUCUUCAGCAUUGCUAGCCACACUCUGACUGUCGUUGAAGCCGAUGCCAUUUAUACCAAGCCUUUUGAGACUGACACACUCCUCAUUACCCCAGGCCAAACCACAAAUGUUCUCCUCAAAACCAAGCCUAGUCUCCCUAAUGCAACCUAUUUAAUGGCAGCUAGGCCGUAUUUCACAGGCCAAGGAACCUUUGACAACUCCACCGCUGCCGCCAUUCUUGAAUACAAGCACCCAUCAAAUAUCUCAAGACAACUUCCCUUAUUUAAGCCCACUCUGCCACCAAUCAAUGCUACAGGAUUUGUUGCCAAUAUCACCAGGAGAUUCCGCAGCUUAGCAAAUGCAAAAUUUCCUGCUAAUGUACCACAAAAUGUGGACAGGAAAUUUUUCUUUACAGUAGGACUUGGAACUAAUCCUUGCCCUGCCAACACAACUUGUCAAGGACCUACCAAUACCACCAAAUUUUCCGCUUCCAUUAACAACGUAUCAUUUUUAAUGCCUUCUGUAUCUCUUCUCCAAUCCUAUUACUUUGGUAAAUCUAACGGCAUAUUUACAGCUGAUUUUCCUCAAAACCCACCCACACCAUUCAACUACACUGGUACACCACCAAACAAUACUAAUGUCAGCAAUGGAACACGAGCACUGAUGUUACGAUUCAAUACGAGUGUGGAAUUGGUAAUGCAGGAUACCAGUAUACUUGGUGCCGAAAGCCACCCUUUACAUCUGCAUGGAUUCAAUUUCUUCGUUGUUGGACAAGGUUUUGGAAACUAUAAUUCCAACAAAGAUCCUGCCAAUUUUAACUUGGUCGACCCCAUGGAGAGAAACACUGUCGGAGUACCCGCUGGAGGUUGGGUUGCUAUCCGCUUCCUAGCCGACAAUCCAGGGGUGUGGUUCAUGCACUGUCACCUAGAUGUUCAUACAAGCUGGGGACUAAGGAUGGCAUGGCUAGUAUUGAAUGGACCACAACCGAAUCAGAAGCUGCAACCACCACCGUCUGAUCUUCCGAAGUGUUGAUUUUUGAUUGACCAUUAAUGGUCUGGAUUGGCAAUCUUACUCUUUUGUCUUUUUUUUUUUUAUUUUUUAUUUUUUAUUUUUUGUAAUGCCAAUAAGGUUUUUGAAUUGUUUGGUUGUAACAUGCACCUUAGUUGGUCGAAAGUCAAAGACAGAGAGUUGGGAAGAGCAGCUGAGUUGUAAACAUCGGAUGGGUUAAUCAAUAAGAUUUUUGUUAUGGUUGUCCCAAUUUUAA